CGUCUUCGUCUCCCCUUCCCCCUCAGCCCAAGCUCCGUUCCCCAACCUCAGACGGAAUCGUUCCAACGCUAACCUAGGGUUCCGGUCUGUUCUGUUCCGUCCGGAUCCGGGCUCAUCGAUGGGGAGGGAGGGCGUGGUGGCGGGGCCGGCGGCGGAGGGUAGCAAAUCGCGGCCGGAGUGCAUCAACUCGUCCAACCCGUACCACGAGUGCUCCGACUACUGCCUCCGCAAAAUCGCCGAGGCCAGGCAGCGCCUCGACGACGAGCUCCCCGACUCGUGGAAGCGCCCGCCAGAGCAACGCACCGUCCACCCGGACUGCAUCAACGCCUCCAACCCCUACCACGAGUGCUCCGACUACUGCUUCAGGCGCAUCGCCGACGCCAAAUCCGGGCUCGAGCGUGGGGAGGGACAGCCACCAGCUGAUGUGGCCACCGCUGCUGGCACGUCCGAUGCUGCGGAGCAGCAGCGACCUGAAGAUAAUGACGCCGACAAACAGGAGGGCGCAGGCGCGGAUGAUGGUUAUCUGCAGAUGACCGAAAAGCAGAAGAAGCUGUUCGAGCUGCGGCUUAAGAUGAACGAAGCGCGGAAAGCGAAUCAGCAGGCAAUGGUUGCCGAGAAGAAAAGGAUGGAGCCUCGCGGUGAGAGCCGAGGUGUUUCUAAGCAGAAGUGGCUAGACGACAGGAAGAAGAAGAUCGGGAAGCUGCUGGACUCCAAUGGGCUUGAUAUGUCGAAGGCAUACAUGCUCGAUACGCAGGAGACGGCAGAAACCAAGUACAAGAAAUGGGAGAAGGAACCUGCUCCAUAUGGGUGGGAUGUUUUCAAUCAAAAGACCUUGUAUGAUGCAUACAAAAAGAGGACCAAGAAUAUAGAAGUCGACAUGGAGGCUUACAAUAAAGCCAAGGAAGCUGACCCUGAAUUCUACCGUGACGCCUCAAGUCUCCAGUAUGGGAAGGUAUCCAAUGUCCCAGAAGAAAACAUUGACAAAAUGGUCAAGGAACUCAAGGAGAGGGAAGAGAAGCGGAAAUCGUUCAGCAGGAGGCGCAAGUUCAAUGAAGACAAGGAUAUUGACUCGAUCAACGACCGGAAUGAGCACUUCAACAAGAAGAUUGAGCGUGCCUUUGGCAAGUACACGCUCGAGAUCAAGAACAACCUGGAAAGAGGUACUGCCUUGCCAGACUAAAACCUUACACAGCAGCUCGGGUUCAAGAACAGCAUGGAAAGAGGUACUGGCUUGUCAGACUAAAACCAUACACAGCAGCUAUCUUAUGGCAUUCAAGCUAACUACUCGACUAGAGGCGAGUGUCCCUGGUGGUGUUUUCCUUUUCACAUGGUUACUUCUUGUAUGCUUGUAACUUUUGGCCACAGUUCCAUUGUGACUUGUAAGAAACCUGAAAUGGGUUGUAAUGAGGCGAGGCUGAAGCAAUGUACAAACAGUCGUGUUUGCAUGUGAGCUGAAUGGAAAUAAUGAUUUGUAAUGGUGUACA